CGCAGGAUUUCCGCAAGAGGCUCACAGACCGCGCCGAGAUCAUCCAGCGCCGCCUUGAGGAGGACCCCGAGCAGGACCAGCUGCGGAAGAGGCGCGCGCAGAUGCAGCGCCGCGGCGACAACGUCGAGAAGGACGACCGCGAGUUCGACAACUACCGGAGCCUGGAGCGAUGUUCCGCACGCAGAUCCUCGAGCAGCGCCUGGCCCGGCAUGAGAUGCAGGCCAUCGAGAAGUUCCAGGAGCUGGAGAGGAUGCUGCAGGACGACGACCCCCGCUUGGCCGCGAUGUGGAAGAAGGAUCCGCCACCGCAGAAGCCCGCCGUUGCCAAGAAGUGAGGCUGAGCUUCGUGAUUGCAGCCGCUGGCCUGCGCCGCGCUGGGCGGCCUUUUCACUUGCACUUGCUGCCCCUUUUGCCGACUACGCAAGCUGUGUUCCCGACAACACGCUCCGCCUCCCGAAAUUCACUACCCACUGCGCAACAUUCUCUUUGCCCUUCUCCUCUGCUGUUGCCCGCAAGGGAGGUCCUCUGGAGCUGCGGGUGGCCGCGAGUCUCUUUGCCUCGCGCCGGGCGCUGUUUCCGACCGGACGCCUCUUGCCCUUUUGAGGCGGGGCUGGUCGUGGGGGAACCGGGAGCC